CUUCUCUCGCUACCAGAACGACGAUGGCCGCCAAGGAGAUCCUAACCCGUCGCCCCGUGGCGGCGACCAUCAAGCUCACCGUUCCAGCCGCCGCAGCACGCCCAGCCCCGCCGGUGGGUCCCGCAUUAGGUCAGUACCGUCUGAAUCUAAUGGCGUUCUGCAAGGACUUCAACGCUCGCACACAGAAGUACAAGCCCGAUACCCCAAUGGCUGUUACGAUAACGGCGUUCAAAGACAACACCUUCGAGUUCACCGUUAAGUCUCCGUCGAUCACGUGGUACCUGAAGAAGGCUGCCGGCAUAGAAUCCGGAAGCGGGCGCCCCGGUCACGUGACGGCGUCGACGCUGUCGCUGAAGCACGUGUAUGAGAUCGCGAAGGUGAAGCAGAACGAUCACUAUCUCCAGAAUAUGUCGCUCGAGGCAAUCACCAAGUCAAUCAUUGGAACCGCGAAUAGCAUGGGGAUUCAGAUUGUGAGGGACCUCGAUUGAUUCAAAGAAAAUUCUAGGUUUUGCGAAUUUUCCCCCUUUUUCUAUAUUUUGGAAAGUUUGGAUUUUGUGCGUGUAUUGGGUGAAAUGGUUGAAUGUAGGGUUUGUGUGAACGUGAAUUUUUUGGACAUGAUGAAUGAGCCUUAGUUUUUUGUUCUUCAUUAGAUCACUUAUAUAGUGCUUUAUUGCAAAUCUUUGCAUAGAAUGUUGUAUUAGGCAGUUAACAACUGCAAUAAAAAUUUAUUGAAAUUUUAAGAAAUAUGAAUUGAUAAUGUCAAUCUGGUGUGUGUGUGAUUCAUGAAUUGGUUAUGUUUAUAGGUUUUGGGUUGGAUUAUUAA